AAAAAUAUUGGUUUCUCUUCUGGGUGCAAGCAGAUUUAUCUGGCUCCUCGGUCAACAAAAUCAUCAUCCCAAGAAACAUGGAAACGAAGGCAUUUUAAAAAGAGAUGUCAACCUUUGUGAAAAUAAAGCCUUCUAUAUUCACGUUCGCACCAGUCUCCUCUGAGUUUCACGAAGAAAACCAAACUGAAGACAGCAUUCUAUGAAAACUGAUGGAUAAUGUGACAAAUCCUCCAGGGUUCUUCAUCAGCAAGCUGUGAGAAUAAGCACAUGGACUUCUGCACAUUAAAAUCACUGAUCACUUUAGUAACUGCCGGGAACCUGGAUCCUGACUUCCGGCCAUCGAUACCUGUGUGAAACUUGAUCUCCACUCAUCCUUUAUGACCAUUGAUGAAUCCAUCAGAACUUUUGAAAGCAAAGGACAACUGAAGAAAUCUUAGUGAAAGAGAGUUAGGUGUUGAAAACAAACUACCAAGAGACAAGACUUAUCUUGGUACUUACCAUCUAAGAACACAUAUAAUCAGCACCUAAAAAAGAAAACAUGAACAGCACAUGUAUUGAAGAACAGCAUGACUUGGAUCACUAUUUGUUUCCAGUUGUUUACAUCUUUGUGACAAUAGUCAGCAUUCCAGCCAACAUCGGUUCUCUAUGUGUGUCUUUUCUGCAAGCAAAGAAGGAAAAUGAAUUAGGCAUUUACCUCUUCAGUUUAUCCUUAUCGGAUCUGCUGUAUGCCUUAACUCUCCCUCUAUGGAUUGAUUAUACUUGGAAUAAAGACAACUGGACAUUCUCUCCUGCCCUGUGCAAAGGGAGUGCCUUCUUCAUGUACAUGAACUUUUACAGUAGCACAGCUUUCCUCACCUGCAUCGCGAUUGAUCGGUAUUUAGCAGUUGUCUACCCUUUGAAGUUUUCUUUUCUUAGGUCAAGAAGAUGUGCGUUCAUGGUGAGCCUUUUCAUCUGGAUAUUGGAAACCAUCUUCAAUGCUGUCAUUCUGUGGGAAGAUGAAACAGCUGUUGAAUAUUGUGAUGCCACAAAGUCUAACUUUACUUUAUGCUAUGACAAAUAUCCUUUGGAGAAAUGGCAAAUCCGGUUUAACUUUGCUAGGACGUGUGUAGGCUAUAUGAUACCUUUGGUCAUCAUAAUGGCUUGCAACCAGAAAGUCUACAAAGCUGUGCAGCAAAAUCAAGCUACAGAAAACAGUGAAAAGAAGAGAAUCAUAAAACUACUUGUUAGUAUCACGUUGACUUUUAUCUUGUGUUUUACCCCCUUUCAUGUGAUGUUGCUGAUUCGCAGCAUUUUAGAGCAUGAUGUGAGCUUAGAUGAACGUAUGUUUGACCAUAACAAGCCUGGGAAGCAGAGUUAUAAAAUCUAUAGAAUCACAGUUGCAUUAACAAGUUUAAAUUGUGUUGCUGAUCCAAUUCUGUACUGUUUCGUAACUGAAACAGGAAGAUCGGAUAUGUGGAAUGUAUUCAGAGUCUUUACUAAGAAGCUUAAUAAAUCAAAAAGACAAGGAAAAAGCAUACUUUCUAUGUCUACAAAAGAUACUGUGGAAUUAGACAUCCUGGAAUAGAACCAAGGUCUAAUUUUUUAAAGAUAUGCAAUAUUAUACCAUCAAGAUUAUAUUUUCAAAAGGAAAUCUCAGCAUGAGAGGGGAGUAAAUGUUCCCACUGAGGGACUAUUUUAAUCCUCUCCGAUGGAAAUAUUUCAAACGUGUGCUCUAUAGCUCCCUGACUUUUAUUAAACAAGAAUGAAACAAAAUUGAAUAUAUUCCUAAUGACUCAGGGUCAUCACUGUAGAAUGGCAAUUGCUUUUGCAUCUGUGCUGUAAUCGCUCAGUCCAGUAAGAUGUACUGGACCGUGUGUUUUUAAAUUGGUGAGCUUCGUGUCUGGUUGUUGUGAUUUUUCUCACUCUUUCUAUGGAUCUCAGGCUAUCAUUUCUCCCAGCCAACAACACCAACUACUAAAUACUGCUUCUAAUCUUCUCAUUAGAUAACAAACAUUUAUUGAGCCCACUCUAUGUGCUAGGUUUUGUGGUAAGUACUGGGGUUACAACAGAAAUGAUCUCAUAAGCCUUUUGAAGCUUAUAUCAGUUUGGAAACAUAGCCACUGAGCUUGUAACUGUUCUUUAUAAAAUAAAAGUAAAUAGUCUCUGAGUGAGAGUCUGAAGGCCUCAUCCAUGAUAUAAAGGACAUGAGCUUUGUGAAAGUUCUUUCAGUUAAUCAGAGAACUUUUUACUUUCUUUAAAAUCACAAUUUUUAAAAUUUUGAUUCUUUCAAAAUUUGCUGUUGAGUACAGUAUUAGAAGUUUAAUGUUUAGACAAAAAGAUAUACUAUAAACAAAAAAGACAUUUAUUAUAUUAAACCUUACAUUCAGAGACUUCUUUGGGGGUUUAGAGUAUUUAGAGAAUCUUGAUAUAAUAUAUUCUUUUAUAUUUAUAUUUUCUCAUUACAGAAAUUACUCCGCCUAGUUUUAAGUAGGCAUCAGGUAAACAUUUUUCUUAACCAAAGUAUUUUUUAAGAUUUUCGAAGAUGUCUUUAUCCUCCUAUUCUCCUUUUCUCCUUCUCUCCCUUCUCUUUACUAUCUGUUCCUUCCAGUCCCCCAAACUGAUCAGAUAGUAAAUGUCUUGGUAUCAUUUGUGCCCUCAUAUUAGAAAACAAAAAUCUGACAACAAAAAAGACAAAUAAUGAAUUUCUAGAUAUACACUGAAAAAACUCAGUUAGUGCACAAACUGACUCCAUUUUCUAUUGAAGUUGUCCAUGACAGUUUGGGUGCACAAGAGAAAACCACCUUGCUUUGAGGCCCUAUGUGCUUUCUCUGCUCUUUGCACUUUUCUCAUCAUAAAGUUUCUGGAGAAUUAAUAGAUUGAGUCUGGGCACCCUGCGAUACACUUAUACAUACUUAAAGGCUAAAGAUACACCAAUGAAACGAAAAGGAACUAAAAUAGUUUGGGCUGUUCGAUUCUUUCCUGAUAAAUUAUUGGCAGCACCAAUACGUGUGAAAGUAAAAGAUCAGGAACAAUUUUGCCCACAUUGGAAACUCAGAUGCAGAUUGUCUUGUCUGAGAUCACAUAGUUCGUUGGAAGCAGAGCCACAUCUUGAGCCCAGAAACCCCGACUUCCCUCCAGAGUUGCUAUUCCUCCUUCAUGCGUUUAUUUUUUGGGUUUUUUUUUGACAUUUCUACCAUUUCUUUCUUUAGGGAUGCAAAAGGCAUAUAAACAUGGAGAGUUGUUCAAGAUAGUCAUUGGAUUUAAGAUAAGAAUAAGGAGGAAAAGGAGAGUUAUUUCAUAAAUUAAUACCUCUGGAAAUAAAAUAAGUCAUAUAGAUAGCAAUUAAGCUGAUCUGUUACAGAGAACUGGUUAGAACUUGACCUCAGUUGGUUAUAUCAAGAGAUGUGGCAGAUACAAAUUUGUGGCCCCCUUAGUAAGAACGUUCUAUUUAAUAAGUAACAGCAAAACCAUUGAUCUAACAUGUAAGUUCCAAAAUGAACCAGGCCGCCAAAAUCUAUAAGCAGGGCCAACCAUGGAGAACCCACAUUAGGAGGAUGCUCAUAUGAUUUAGGGUAAAGCACUCUAGACAUGAUCUAAAAUUAUGGACAGUCCCAACAUUGGGAAGUUAAUCCUUUAGUCUUAAACGGCUUUAUAGGUUCCUGAUUACAGUUCUCCAUUAAACUAAAAAGAUUUCUGGAAGGAAUAAGACCUUGUAGCUAUUAUUACCUGGGACGCCUUUGUCAGAAGACCUAGAUUAGAACACCAGCAGUUAUCCACUUAUGAACCGUUUGAUCUCAAAAAAUGUUCAGCUCUCCCUAAGGCUCAGUUUCUAUAAACAGCAGGGAGAGUAGCAUCACUUGCUUUUAACAAGUAGAUGUGAAAACACUUUGUAAACUAUGAUGAGUUUUCUAAAUGUUUCUUAUUAUCAGUUAUUCUCAUCUUCAUCAUGAUUAGUGGAUAGCUACCCACAAGAUAGAACAGUCCCUGGAGGCACUCUGAGCAUAGGAAUAUAGCAGCGUGAGCUAGUAGGGGCUGGCUCUCACACACCACUGCUAUGGUUACUUCUCCCAGAUGGUUCAACGAGUCCAUUAUGGUAACUUAAGGGCCUUUAUUGUUGCUUCCACAUCCUCAAUAGUGCCUUCUUCUAGGAGUUCACAUUUCUGAGGAGACAUAUGCUAUGUACAUCACCAUAAACAGGUAGAUAUCCAUUUUUAAUUUAAGUUUUUGACCUUUUGUUCUUUAUUCAGAAUGUUAUUUUUUAUUUGAAUGAACUCAAUUAGACAUCUUGGAUAGGUCAGUGAAGAGACUGAGAAGAGCUUUUUAAAACCUCCCUUUUCUCUACCUAGUCUGGGAGAAGCUUCAUGGGUGAAGAAGUUAAAAGACAUAAAAAAAAUCACCUCAUUUUGUUCAAAUUACAUAGCAUCACUUCCCUAGGAGCAUCCUGAGAAAAUUUGUCUCUCCGACCUGAUUUAUUCCCUUUUCUCUUUUUAAUUUAAGCUAAAUGUUCUCCCCAAGAAAUUAUAUUUCCAAUCCUUAAUGUUAUGAUCAAAUACAUAAUUAUUUACCAAUU